AUGAUUUAUGCUCAACCACCACCACCCAGUGUCCUACCUUUACCCGACGUCCUACCCCAAUCCGACGUCCUACCUCGACCCGACCUUACCUCCACCCGAAGUCCUACCCCAACUCGACCUCUUACCUCCAUCAGGCCCUUCCCUCCUCUGUCCACUGGCGAUCCGAUUCGGACACGUCUACCGCCACUCUCAUCCCGUGUCCCAGCGAGCUCAUCACCUGUGCCUUUCUCGCCUUCAACCGCCUAUCGCAGAAUUGAAUCGAGACCAUUGCCAACAGCUCCGUCCUCCCGGGCUCCCGGGUAUACGAUGUCGGGAGGCAUACCAGAGUACGGUUUUCGUCAACCGACACUUAGCCAUACCGCGUCAUGCACUGAACUCCCAACUGGUCUACGAAGCAACGCAGCGCUCACCCGGUCGACUGCUUUAUACGCGGCAAAGCACUUAUAUCUCACUGUAAAUGGCUGCGAGGACUUUGUAUUCUCGACCUUGUACGAUGCCUCAUCGGUUGCUAUACACGCGGCACGUCAGAGAAUUCUCUCAGUGAAUGACUGCGGGGACUUCGUUGCCUCAACUCUAUAUGACGCACCGUCCACUGCUGUAGAUGCGGCCAGUCAAGUAGUCAAAUCGAUAUGCACCGAGGCAGUGCAGACUCUACAUGACGCAAAGGCGACUGCUGAAUACGUGACAAAGCAAGUAGUUGGUUGGCCCGGUGUACGCUGGAACAGUGCCGCACUUAUAUGA